AUGAGGGGCCGCUCUAUCCUACUCGCUUUCGCCGGCACCCUCCCGUCUCCAACCACAGCGGACCCCAUCGCCCUCGCCAUCGUCGUGCCGACAGAGAGCGCAAGUCUCCCGCUCGACGGGUCGAAGAACAGCGGCCUGCUAGACCAACAGCGACCCGGAGUCCCGACACCGAGACAGGUCGUCUCAGAAGGCACUGGAAAGGAGACGUGCGGGUUCUUCAGAGCGGGGAGAGCCGGCGCCGGAACCUCCAGUAUCGCAUGCCACAACACGGGCAGAUGGCUUUGCGGGAGCCUCUACUCGACCUGUCCAGGCCCCGCCGACCCAAUCUGCAGCGGCAAGACGCAGAACGGGGAGAGGACGCUCUGCUGCAACACAGAAAGCCCCGUCUGCGGCACCCUCCUCCGCGGCUCAGGCGAAAGCCAGAGAACGGGCCUGGCCUGCUUCGGCGCCGACUUUAAGACCAAAUUUAUCCAGACCCUCGCGGCGAAUACGUGGCCCACCAUUAUCGUCGUCGUCUUUGGCUUCGGCUACUUCCUCCAGGCCCCAGAUCGCGUCUGCGAAACCCUGCGCUACCCCGACGGCCACGACACCCCCGGUAUCUUCGACGAGUAG